UUCGUUGCCUUCCCUUUUCCCCCUUUUAUGUCACCACUCACAGUUCACAACAACACAACGCGCUUUCAUAUUUUGAACCAUUCUAAAAUCAUUAUCACAUGAAACAAAAACAACACAGGCCUCAUAUCUUCAACAAACCAAAGUACCCGGAACAAAACAAAACAAGACAAAGAAAUAAAGACAAUUCUUUUCUUUCUCUUUUUCCAUUUCCUUUACCGGUUGUUUCUUCUUUUCCUCCAUCACCACCGCCGCCACCACCGGCACCGUCAUCAUCGCCACUACCACCGCUUUUACCUUUACCAUUAUCAUUACCAUCACCUGCAGCCAUGAUGGCAACUCUCCAACCCGACCAGCUCAAGCAGCUUAAAGACAUAUUUAUGCGGUUUGACAUGGAUUCAGAUGGCAGCCUAACACAGCUAGAACUUGCAGCUCUUCUUCGAUCUCUUGGUCUGAAACCAACAGGUGACCAACUCCAAAUUCUGCUAUCAAAUAUGGAUGCGAAUGGCAAUGGUUACGUGGAGUUUGAUGAGUUGGUGCAUGCUAUAUUGCCUGAUAUGAAUGAAGAUGUGUUGAUCAACCAAGAACAAUUGUUAGAGGUAUUCAGAUCAUUUGAUAGGGAUGGUAAUGGAUAUAUAACUGCAGCUGAACUUGCUGGCUCAAUGGCUAAAAUGGGUCAUCCUUUAACGUAUAAAGAGCUCUCGGAAAUGAUGAGAGAGGCUGAUACAAAUGGAGAUGGCGUUAUUAGUCUUAAUGAGUUUGCUAAUAUCAUGGCUAAAUCUGCUUCUGAUUUUCUUGGUAUAUAGCUAACCUUAUUAUAAACUGUUGUUGUUAUUGAUGACAAAUUUGAUUAAUAUGAUGAUCAAGUCCAAGGUCCAUCCUUUCUUUUCAAUUAUAUUGUGUCAAUAACAUUUACUGAUAGAUUUUCAUGGCCAUGAUGAUCUAAACAAUUUUCAACAAUGGUGAUGAUAAUGAUGUUCAGGCGAUGAUAGUUUGGAAUGAUUCUUUCGAUUGACUUUUCUAAUUUCUUUUUCUUUUUCCCUUUAAUUAUGGGUAUGUAUUCUUGAUAGAAUUUGAUUGGAGGAUGAGAGAUGUAUAAUGUGGAAUGGUGAUGACCAUGAAAUGAAAUAGAAAUAUACAUACCUCAACCAGCACUUGAAACUAUAAUUUAUAAUCAACACAACUUGUAAUCUAA